AUGGGCCAGGCAAACGACAACUUGCACGUUCCUGUGAAUACGACCGACGACGUGCUGCUACAACCCAGCUGGCACGUGCUGUACUUGGCGGCAUGUGUUUCGUUGAUCUUCUUCACGGUACUGAGCAACUCGCUGACGAUCUUUGCCGUGUUCCACAUGAAGAAGCUGCGAUAUUCUGUCAGCAACUGCUACAUUGCCAGUCUGUCAUUGGCUGAUCUGUUCGUUGGCCUGUUCGGCAUGACUUUUAUGACUGUUAACAUGGUGAUCUAUGAUGAGCGGUGGGGUUUGCCGUCGGUGCUGUGUGAUCUGUGGCGA